UGAAUUAAAAUUAACAAGCAUAGUACUUGAAAAAAUAAACACUAGUGUUGAUACAUGGAACAUAAAUUACGAUACAUAUUUUUAAUGAAUUAAUUGUACUAUAAGUAUGGAUUUGUACAUACUUACAUUUUGAUAUAAAAUAUAUUAAUUUAGUUACGUCCGAACUCCACGAUUCUUAUCCUUCACUCAUGCUGUCGGCACGAAAUUUUGAUAUCCGAGAUGACUCGGUGCACUUGACACAAAGGAUAUAUCUUUCCAUUGAAAGAUAGAAUAAAUAAGUCCACGAGGAGUAUCGCUUACCGAGCGCACUGAUUAUGAGAAGUGUGAGAUGACGAGGUGUUAUACAAACAGGACCGAAUUAAGACUCAUGUCGCCCCUAGACAUCUCUAUUAAAUCUUUGCCGUUUUUAUUCAAGCCUCAAGUGUAACUUAAAUUAAUCAAAUUUUAUAUUCUGCAGAUUCUGCUUUCUUCUUACAUUAUUGUAUGUAAAAGAUUUUACUUGAUUGCGUCAGCUACUACAAGAUAAGCGGCUGUUUUACAAAAUGCCGCUUUUUUAAAGUUGCCGCCCCUAGACAAUAGCUUAAAUUAGGUUUAAGAGCUAUUCCGGCCCUGUAUACAAACUGUCAUACUAACGCAAACACUUCUCAUUCACAGACCAUAAAUUCGGCGAUCGACAUGCUCCAUCCGGAAAAGAAGUCUUAUUUAUGAGACAAGCUACUUAGUCGCCAAGACCAUAUAUGGAAAUCGUGAUCCAAAUAUCUUACUCCCAUCUCAUUGAUAAUACUAACAUCGUCCGUCCAAUCCUAGACGAGGAAAAUGCAAUAGACGAAUUAUAGACGUCCUGAUUGAUUGAGUUGACGAGGGAUCAAAAUUCAUUUGAUUCACCCACUUUUUCUGAUAUAAAGUGGGAGACAUGGAAAGCGAAAAACCGCUCCACAAUCAAAAAUUUUAAGCUGUGGUCACGCUCAAUACUCAGUUUAUCUCGCGAAUUCAGAACUCUGAAUUCAGAAUUUACACUCCGGUCUGUUAACUAUUUUAUCGUACCAUGUUCUGACUUAUUGUUAGCAAAAUCUUGUAUCUUUACCACAAGUGUGCAUUAAGAACAUCAAUCCAGAAAUCGGCAAUCAAGUCCAGCCAGCCGUCCACUGUCUCUGUAUGCAGACCGAUAGCCCACCUGCGACAUGAGGGUCAUUUCAUUGUUCUUGAAAAAAAACCCGGAGCAGUAACCAGUAAGUGACUAAGAUAUCCCGCUGCUUUUCUUUCUUUGUUGCUUCUCUUUCGGCGUGUAAGCCUAUCUUUUCUCUCUCAUCAAGAUUUUAAAAAAGGAGAUAAUUUUUUAUAUUAACUAUUCUUCUUUGUUAUCUUUACACUUUUUCAAGUUUAAUGGAAUAGCACUACCGAUUGGAUUUUCCGAUUGAAUUCAAGGAAAUUACAUCUCCUCUUUUUUCUUGCGGAUGAUACCUAUUUCCUCGGUCCCAAUUAAAUUAAUUUAAAUAAAUUAAAAUCCGUCAUUUCACUGUUUUUCUAGACUUUGUUAUUGCUCUGUACCUCCCAAAAAUUCCCUUUCCCUUCUUAAUUCCCGCGCAUCGUUUCUACCCUUUGUUUCCCCUGGCUUCCGUAAAAAUUUUAAAAUUAUAAUGCUAACAUAUUAUAUGACACACAUAUUGUACAUUUACAAGUAAAUAUACACAUAUACGUACACUUUCAAAAAAUAACGACAAAUGUAGUCAGAUAAAGUUUAAAUUGUAAGCUUUUUAUAAUCAUUCUUCAUCAUUUUUAAUGUUAGAAUAAAAUUAUAAGUUUUAUUUCUAACAACUUUACUUUUAUUUAAACAAACUAUCUCUGAUACCUUGUUCUGAAUAAAAUUGCACUUGGUCCGAGUUAAAACGAUUAAAACGAUUAAAUUUGCUGAUUCAAAAUAAGGACCGACGAAUGCACGAGAUCGGAUAAGAAUUAUAAUAUUCUUGUGGCACGCUGAUCUACUCGUACAUUCGAAUUCAUUCAAUGCGUUCAACUCAUGGCACGCGCCUUAAAACAUGUGUGCACGAGACUAGGGGCCGUAUUUUUGAAAAAUAACAUAUACGAAAAUAUACGAAAAUACUAUAGUAUACGUUACAUAUAUUAUAGAGUUUCCUAGUAUUUUCGUAUACGUUAUUUUUCAAGAAUACGGCCGCAGGUCUGUUACAUUCUUCCCUACCUUCACUCAAGCCAUUUUCUUUUGUCUCUUAUUCCAGGAAAUAAAUAAAAGAGACUUCCCUGAGGAUCUUGGCCGUAACGACCUAAAGUGACCAAGAUUCUAGAUUUUCUAUAUAAUUUUUCAUAAUUUUACAUGAUUAUACUUACUCUCGAUAUAAAAAAUUAUAAAAAAUCUUAUGAAAAAUUUUCGUCUGAAUAUAUGUAUUACCAGCAAUUUAUUAAUAAAAUAGCAACAUCAAAAUUACUUCGCUUUGUUAGCAAUAUGGCGGUAUUACAAACCUGUUAAUUCUUUAAAAAAUAUAUUCUUUAAUAAGUUAUCUUUUAUGAUUUGUUCUGUAACAGGACAGUUUUGUUGCCUCGUUGUACAGAUGUUAUUACACAUUUUUGAAAUCCGGAUAUUACUUUCGACGAUAAAAAAUCAUUACUUUGUCCGAAUUCUUUCAACAUUAUUGAAAAUCAAAAUAAUGGAAAAGUUACGCUACAAAAACCAGUAAUUCAAGUUAAAUUAGGUCUACGAAAAUUUUGCAUUCAAACAGAAGAUGAUGAAGUUAUAAGAAUUAAAUUGUACAAUGAUUUCUGUGAUGAACUACAUAAGUUGCAAUUAAAUAUUGAUAUCUAUAAUUGGAUGAAAUUUGAUGUGCUGAAAAAAACGUAUCAAAAAUGAUCUUAAUGACGUGCUCGAAGUUGCACAUGCACAGCCUGAAAAUGAAAAUGUUCUCUCCAUACCAGAGUUUUUGGCAGAACCGUGCCGUAAAAGAAUGUUUACUCAGGGAGAUUUUGAUUAUGAGAAAGAAGUCUUUAUUACUGGCGAAGAUUUUGGCAAACUAUAUAAAACAAAUCAUUUGUGCCGUUACCAAAAAGAAUUUGAGGAAGAAGUUUUUAUUGCUGGUGGAGGAUUUGGCAAAGUAUAUAAAGCGCGUCAUUGUCUCGACGAAAAAGAAUAUGCAAUUAAAAAAAUAACAGUUGAGCGUAUUACCGAGUGGCAACUGAAUGAAGUACGGACACUGGCUGCAUUAAAUCAUCCUAAUAUUGUUCCAUACCAUACAGCUUGGAUCGAAUCGUCGUCGCCCUAUACUUCAAACGCGUCAUUCACAAAUAGUAUAUCAUGUUCAUCAAAAUGCUAUCGAAGAGAUUCCAAGUCCUCCAGUCCGUUGGACAUCAAAGAUUCAUUCAAUAAUGAAUAUGAUCUGAAUCUUAAUAAAACUAAGAUACACCAUAAUAAGACCGACAUAUUAUUUGAUACUAAUGCAUUUUGUAAAACUGAUACAAAUAUAAAAAUGAAAAAAAGCAAUAAGGUACAUAAAAAUGAUGACAAUAAUAUUAAUAGCAAUACUAUUAGUGUAACAUUUGAAGAUUCGUCGGCUAACAUCAUAGAUGAAAAAAUAGUUGAGAAAAAUACCAUAAAAGAAUAUUAUACUGCAGAAUCUAGUUCGAACGUAGUAUUUUUUCAAAAUAGCAAGAUUAAUGACAGAUGUGAAAAACUCGAUUUAACUAACAACAUAGAAAAGAAAGUUGAAGAAAAUACCACUAAAGAAUCCAGUUCGGACGGAGUGUCUUUUCGAAAUAGCAAGAGCAAUGAAAGUCCAGAUCAAGCAAUUGUAAAUGCAAGUACUAGUUCUUCAUGCGAAGAAUCUAGCCGAGAAGUUAAUAUAUACAUUUCCAAUAAAAAUACAUCGUAUACCUUAUACAUUCAAAUGGCUCUAUGUGAACAAACGCUCGAACAAUGGCUACGUGAUAAAAUGAGUGUAACGCCUGAAUCAAUAGUUAAAACGAUAUUUCAACAGAUUGUUUGUGGAGUGGAUUAUAUGCAUUCUCAAAAAAUCGUACAUCACGAUAUAAAGCCUAGCAAUAUAUUUAUGACGACAUCCGGACAACUUCAAGUUCAAUUAGGUGAUUUUGGUUUAGCUUGUCCAUUACAAAAAGAACGUCAUUCUGUAAUUGGUACUCAUAUAUAUACAGCACCAGAACAAAUGCAGGGAAAGUGUGAUCCAAAGAGUGACAUUUAUAGUAUAGGAGUUGUCUUUAUCGAGCUUGCGAUUUCUAUAAAAACUCGAAUGGAGUUGACUGAUAUAAUUAAAUCCUUAAGAUCUGGCGAAGUACCAGAAACUCUCAAGCAACAUAAGUGGGUACAAAUGAUCCAACGAUUAGUGCAAGAGGAUCCUACUAAUCGACCAUCAGCAAGUCAGCUUCUGCAGGAUUUUAACCACGAUAAGAAUGUAACAAUAAAUAGAUUGGAAGAUACUAUCGUGCAUUUAGAAAAUAAUAAUAAUAAGAAAGAUGACAAGAUUCAAAAUCUAUUACAAGAGAAUGCGUUGUUAAAGGAAAAAAUUCAAGAACUGUCACGGACAAUGCAGCAAUCUAAAUUGGUACAUGAAAACUAAACUCAUGAAAAAACUUAACAAAACAUUAAUAUAAGACGACUUUUUUCUUGAACUAUAGAGUCUAGAACAAUAAUAUAAUUUACGCACAUAAUGAAGUAAAAUUAGUUUUUAUAUGGUACGUAUUUGGAAAAUAUUAUUUUAUAAUAAUAUUUAAACAUUAAACACAUUAUGGGAUCUGGGAGAGCCUUCUAAAAAAAUUUUACUCCCGUGCCAUUUUAUUUUAGUUGAGCAAUGAAGUUGGUCAACCAUCGAUAAGGGAAACUUUUUUUCCCUCUUAACUCGAAUUUUCUUUCUCAUUCCAUCUUCACACAGCCAGUGAUCAAAGUUUCUGGAGGAUUUUCAAUAAUGUGUUUUUCCUAGUUUCCCAUUAAGAAGCAGAGAAACUACUCAUACUCUUCCCUCUAGAAUUUUUCUAAGAAGUAGAAAAAAUCCUCAUUUCCUUCCUCCUAAAUUUCCUUCAAAUAAAAGAAGAAAUCUCCAUAGUUAAUCCUCUAUCUCCAAUACCUACUUACGAUUUCGAAGAGUUUUCUACUCCCCCUUAAUCUACCUUAUCAAUUCCGUAGAAAUAAUUAAUAUAGUAAUAAUUAGAAUCUAGCGAAAUCUGUUACUUACAUUUCUCCAUGAAUCUUGGAGAAGAUUUGGAGAAGACGCACGCACACACACACACACACACACACACACACACA